AUGAAGCUCUCUACUUUGGCCUUCCUCGCCUGGGCAGCAUGUGCCGCUGCCACCCCCGUUAGCCCUAUCCACCAGCGCGGCUUGGAGCACCACAAAUGUGACUGCGAAAAGGAUAUCGAGGUGCCUCACGAGCCCUCUCACCCUGAGCCUGAGCCCGCCCCUGCUCCUGAGCCUGCCCCAGAGCCUGUGCCGGAACCUGUUCCCGAACAGCCUGCUCCCGCCCCCGAGCCCGCUCCGGAACCUGCUCCCGGUCCCGGUCCCGCCCCCGAACAACCCGCUCCCGCUCCUCAGCCCGCUCCCGCCCCCGAGCCCAAGCCCGAAGAGCCCAAGGAGGGCUGCGACGAGAACGGCUGCCGGGGCACCGGUCAUCUCAUCCAGGAUCUCGGCCACCCCACCAACAAGCUGCUGCACGUCGUCGGUCUGCACGCCGAGGAACUCCUGAUCAAGCUCAGCCCCGGCGUUGAGGGUCUUCUCAGCGGUCUUGGCCUCGGUGUCCUUGGCAAGCCCGUCGGAUCGAUCAUCAAGGAGGCUUCCAGCAUUGGCGAGCUCGUCGCUGACCUUGGCGACCCCAUCGAAUGCCUACUUGUCGUGCUCGGCCAGGACACCGGCUACCUGCUCAUUCAGCUUGAGGAUCCUGUCAGCGGCCUGCUUUCCGGUCUGGGUCUCAAGUCCAUCGCCGGCCCCGUCGGCCAGGUCGUCGGAACUGUUGGCGAGCACCUCAAGCGUGGCGAGCCCGUCAAGGAGGACGGUCUCCUUGAGGAUGUCGCUCCCGUCGUCAACUGCCUGCUCCAGAUCAUCGGCAUCGACUCCAAGAUCCUCCUCGUUGAGCUGAGCGGCCCCGUCGCGGAAGUCUUCAACGGACUCGGCCUGAAGGCCAUCGGCGGCCCCAUCGGUCAAGUUAUCGAGGCUGCCGGUGAGGUUGGCGAGCUUGUCAAGGACCUGGGCCCCGUCGUCGAGUGCCUGCUUACCAUUAUCGGCUAUGACGGCGGUGUGCUUCUCAUCGAGUUGUCUGACCCUGUCGCCGACCUCGUGUCUGGUCUUUUGCCCGAAAUUGGCGAGCCUGUCGGCAAGGUCGUCAAGGUGUUGGGUGAGAAUCUAUAG